AUUUGUUUUGCCGCACUCAUCCAUAAAUUACGACAUCUUUGAUUCCGGUAGUUCGCGUUAAUUUUUGUUUGAAUUUCGAACGCGUAGUUGCAUUCAUUGAAAAUGUAAUUACCGUAAUUUGCCAGUAUAUUCGCAGAUUUUUCGCUUGAUAUUACAAAGUUUUCACUUUAUUAUAUCGAUUUUCAUUGCGACAAGGUUCAUUUCUACAACUGUAAUUGUUGCGGAGUCGUUGGCGGGAAAAACUUAACCUCAAAUCGUUGUAGGGAUUUUAGUAGAAAAGCUCCAAUAAACUCUCUUACAUUACAAAUUGAGAUGGCCGAGCGAUUAGAAGAUCUGAAUCUGCCCAAUGCAGUUGUGACCAGAAUCAUCAAGGAAGCUUUACCAGAUGGAGUGACAGUUGGAAAAGAUGCCAGAACAGCGGUGGCAAAGGCCGCAUCUAUUUUCAUAUUAUAUCUCACAUCAGCUGCCAAUAUAGUAGCCAAGAAAAGUAACCGCAAAACUAUCAGUGGUCCAGACGUGAUACAAGCGAUAAUAGAUGUCGAGUUUGAUCAGUUUGUUGAGCCAUUGCAGGAAUCUCUUGAGAACUUUAAAAAGAUUCAGAAAGAAAAGAAGGACGCGACGAAGAAAAAGCAACAAAAGAAAGAUGAUGAUGAUGUAAAUGGUGAAGAUGAAGAAGCAGGAAGAGAAAUUAUUGAAAUUUUCUAAGAAGUGAAUUUGUCACAAAUGUACUAUUCUUAAAAAUAUAUCU